AUGAGCAGUCCUGGCCAGUCGCAGGCYCCGCCUGCCACUGCACCACAAAACCCUCCUGCAACAGCAGCGAACGGCGCAUCGCAACCUCCCACAGAAGACGCCCAAAAUGGCGCGAACAUCAAAUCCAAAGCACCCAGCAACAACCAGAAAGGAAAACAACCACAGAAACCGAAAACGAGCGACGCACCUGCUGCCGCCGAUGGAUCGUCGGAAAAACUGACACCUGCCGAGAUGAAGAAGAAACAAAAGGCUGAGAAGGCUGCCCGUCGGGCGCGCGAAAAAUUGGAGAGAGAAGUUGGUGGUGCUGGACCUAGUGGUGCUCAGCAGGCUGCUACACAGGGAGGUCCGGUCCAAACACCCAGAAAGCCUCAGCAGGGUGGCAGAGAUGGGCCGGUCCCAACACCUAGAGGACUAAAAUACCCCGGUGGCCCUCGUGCGGCAGUACCAGCGCCAACCGAAACGAAAAAGAAGGAAGACAAAAAUGUCGCGGUCUUUGGACAUUUGUACGGCAUCCCCAGACGGUCGACUAUUGCAGGUGCAGCGAAGGAGGUUCMCCCCGCCGUUUUGGCGUUGGGAUUGCAAAUUCGGGACUAUGUUAUUUGCGGUAGCAGCGCGCGAUGUGUUGCAACUCUGAUUGCAUUCAAACGGGUUAUUGAAUCGUACACUACGCCAAUCGGCACAUCUCUCGCUCGCCAUCUCACAACCCACCUUUCUCACCAGAUUACCUAUCUGUCCACCUGCCGUCCUCUCUCCAUCAGCCAGGGAAAUGCCAUCCGCGCCCUCAAACUGUCCAUCUCUUCCAUCGACCCCUCUGUCCCCGAAGCGACCGCCAAAGCAGAGCUGUGCGAAUUCAUCAACAACUUUAUCCGCGAAAAAAUCACCGUCGCCGACCAAGUCAUCGCCGCGAGCGCAACGCAAAAGAUUCAAGAUGGCGAUGUCAUUGUUACAUUUGCGGGAAGCUCAAUUGUGAAACAGACCUUGAUCACAGCACACAAACAAGGGAAGAAAUUUAGAGUGUCGAUUGUCGACUCGCGGCCUCUUUUCGAAGGCAAGAACCUCGCUCGCGCAUUGUCUAGUGCCGGGUUGGAAGUCCAGUAUUCGCUUAUACAUGGCAUAAGUCAUGCCAUGAAAGACGCUACUAAAGUAUUCCUCGGCGCCCAUGCCAUGACUGGUAAUGGACGUUUAUACUCCCGCGUCGGCACCGCGCUGGUAGCCAUGUCCGCCAAAGAACGAUCUGGCGGUGCUGAAAUCCCGGUCAUAGUCUGCUGCGAAACAAUCAAGUUCACGGACCGCGUAGCACUUGACAGUAUCGUCGUCAAUGAAAUCGCGGACGCAGAUGAAUUAGUCACAACGCAGCCCUUGCAACAAGUCACCGGCCGUCCAGACCCACACAAAACCGUCGACGAGAAACCAGGAAAGAAAGGAGGAAAUACUCAAUCCGUGAACGAUGGACUCGCAAGUCUGACCCUCGACCAGAACGCGCCAUCACCCUUGAGCGGGUGGAAAGAUACGCCGAACCUGCAACUCCUCAAUAUUAUGCACGACGUUACACCGGCAGAGUAUGUAGAUAUGGUAGUUACGGAGAUGGGUAGCUUGCCGCCUAGCGCAGUCCCGAUUGUGCAUCGCAUGAGCACUAAUGCCUAG